AUGGCAGCACCAAAUGGGGCAAUGCCUGAGGGCAUCAGCUCACUACUGGACACCGAUCUCUACAAACUUACCAUGCAAUGUGCCGUCUUGAAGUACUUCCCCGAGAUUGAGGUUACGUAUAGAUUUACCAACCGUACCGCCGAUCUCAAGCUCAACCGACAAGCAUAUCGUUGGAUUCUUAAACAAGUCAGCGAGCUCGCCAACCUCCGCGUCACAGACGACGAGAUCAAUUAUCUGCGCGAGAACUGCUCUUAUCUCAGCUCGGAGUACCUCGAAUUUCUGCGCACCUUCUCUCUCCGCCCAGACCAACAAGUCGAAGUCUCUUUCAAGCCAACCACUCCUACCGACAGCGAGUCGGACUCAGACGAAGGCGACGUCUCGCUUUUCGUAAAGGGUCUCUGGCUGGAAACCAUUCUCUACGAGAUUCCACUGCUUGCUCUUGUCUCCGAGGCAUACUUCAAGUUUUGCGACAAGGACUGGGACCACGAGGGACAAAUCGACAAUGCAUACGAGAAGGGUCUUCGCUUGCUUGAGGCCGGAUGCUCCUUCUCGGAGUUCGGAAGCAGAAGGAGAAGGGAUUACAAGACCCACGACUUGGUCAUGCAAGGCUUGACACAGGCAAAGGAUGAAGCUACCAAGCGCAGCUUCCCGGGCAAGUGGGCAGGCACCAGCAACGUGCACAUGGCCAUGAAGUACAACGUGCCUCCAAUUGGCACCGUGGCUCACGAAUGGUUCAUGGGAAUCGCUGCUAUCACAAACGAUUACACAAAGGCCAAUGAGACUGCACUCCAGUACUGGAGUGGCACCUUUGGCCGCGGAGUUUUGAGCAUCGCACUCACCGACACAUUCGGUACACCAGACUUCCUCAAAGCCUUCAAGAGACCUGCGCCGCCAGGCCACUCGCGUGAUCCUAGCUUGGGCAAGCCGAAUCCCAGCUUUGCUGAAGUCUAUACCGGCACGCGACAGGACUCUGGCAAUCCUUUCGAAUUCAUCAAGAGGAUGCGUGACUUCUAUGACGAGAUGAACAUUACGGUGCCUAAGACUAUCGUCUUUUCUGACUCGCUCAACGUCGACCGUUGCAUCGAAUACAUGUAUGCUACGCAGGCAGCAAAAUUGGUGCCUAGCUUUGGUGUAGGAACCUUCUUUACGAACGACUUCAACAAGAAGAGUUCGGGUGAGAAGAGCGUGCCUCUGAACAUCGUCAUCAAGCUGUUCGAGGCCGGUGGAAAUCCUUGCAUCAAGAUCAGCGACAACUUGGGUAAGAACAUGGGCGAUUCAGAGCUGGUAGCUAAAGUCAAACACGAGCUGGGCUACGUCGAGAAGACGUGGUCGGGAGGUGACGAGACGAAGAGAUGGGGACCCGCAAAGGAGAGCGCUUAA